AUGGCCUACAAAUCCUUUUCAAUCCCACGAAAAAGACUUAUCCCGCGGGAAGGACUAUUCAUAGAUCCUAUCGGCUUUAUUCUUGCCAGAACUGUGUUUAAUCCAUUGAUUAAUAUACCAUUCUUUCUACUCUGUCAGCAGUUGCAGCUCGACUACUUGAAGAAAAGCUCAACACUCCUCGCGAUAACAGGGGGGGUCUUUUGGGUAAACCAGUUUUUAAAUUGGGGGGCGAAUAACAAUUUCACAAGAGCAAAACCAUGGAAUCCAAAGAAGGAGCUGGUGCUGAUCACGGGUGGGAGCAGUGGGAUUGGAGCUAGUGUGGCUAUACGUAUGGCAAAGGAAGGAAAUCGUGUGGUAGUCCUGGAUAUCUCGCCUCUGAGCUUUUCCCCAUCCCAAAAUAUCACUUAUUAUAAAUGCGACCUAAGUGACAUGGCCCAGAUUAAAAGUGUUAUGGCGAGAGUUCGAGAGGAAAAUGGUUCUCCGACAGUUUUGUUAAACAAUGCAGGCCUUUCGAGAGGGUUCAACAUUGCCGACGGCACCUAUUACGACAAUGACUUAACAUUUCGAAUCAACUUACUGGCAGCCUUCCUCAUGACCAAGGAAUGUUUGCCUGGUAUGGUGACUAGAAACCACGGGCACAUUAUCAACGUUGCUUCUAUGAGCGCAUUUAUUCCACCUGCUGGUCUCGCAGAUUAUUCGGCGUCGAAAGCGGGCAUGGUUGCCUUUCACGAGUCACUUGGGUUAGAACUUCGAUACCGCUACCAGUCUCCAGCUGUUAGGAACUCCCUUCUUGUACUUAGCUUUACAAGAACACCACUCUUCGAUGGCAAAACGAAGCAGAGCGAGUUCCUUCUACCAUUGCUCCACGUCGACACAGUCGGAGAUGAAAUUGUCAACACGAUAUAUUGUGGCUACAGCCGCACGAUCUUCAUGCCUGGCUUGAUGCGUUAUGUGGCUUGGAUUCUUCAGUUCCUCCUGCCAUCUGGAUAUGCAGUUUUCCAACGCUGGGUGGCUAAUAAAGAUGUCCAGGCUAAAGAAAGCAUCAAUAACUACAUAGAGACCCUGCAAGACGGCGAGGCCAAGCUUUUCUGGGUUGGUCUUCGGGAAGAAAGUUCCAAGGUCAUCCUAUUUCUUCACGGUGGCGGCUACGUCUUGCCACUCUCCAAAGGACAUAUUGAGUGGGCAGACUAUUUUCGAAAUGCAGGGAAAUUGAAAGAGCAGUCAGUUUGCGUCGCCUUGCUUGACUACAGCCUCUGUCCCGAAAACAUUUAUCCAAAGCAAAUGAGGCAGGCAGCUUUAGCGCUCGAUCAUAUUAUAAAUCUUGGAUAUCCUCCGUCGCAGAUUGUCAUCGGAGGCGACUCUGCCGGUGCCCACCUGAGCCUUGGUCUACUGUCCCACAUCAUGUUCCAGUAUCCGGACGACACAUUCCCCGUGUUGCGUUUAGCAGAACCUUUGGGUGGAUGUUUCUUAAUCUCGCCACUCUUAUCACUUGAUCUGACUACGGCGUCGUAUCGGGAGAACGAACAUGCUGACCUACUCUCCAUUCCAGUGAUUCGUGACUGGGGGCAAGAUUUACUAAGAGGCUCACAAUUCUUCGACGAAAGGCAGAAUGAACGAGCAUGGGGAAUGCCAUUGUGCGGGAAUAGAGACUGGUGGGAUGGUUUAGGCAAAGUUGUGCGCAGGGUAUAUCUGACUGGUGGGGGGGAAGAAUUGUUUCGUGACCACAUUAUUGAGUUCGGCCAAAUCCUAAAGAAUUUAGAAGGGUUGGAUGUUCAAGUGCAUAUUGAUUGGAAAGAGGCACACGAUAAGACUUAUAUGGACUUUGAGGGUUGUGUGGUACCAAGCAAAUUCACUACCCGUCUGGGGAAUUGGGUGGUUGAUUGCUUUGCCGUCAAAAGUCUGAGGUCGGAGUAG